CGAAGAAGAAAUGAAAGCGGAAUUUGUUUAACCGCUGUGUUUGGUGUUGUGUUUUUUUGUUGUUGUUGCUGCUAUUACUUUAUUUAACGUAUAGUCUUAUAUUUCGAAAUAAGGAAUAACCGAGACUGUUUCCAAUUUAAUUCCAAGUGAAGCGGAAGCAUUUCCUUCCGCUGGAGAGUUUUUUUUUUCUCUCAGUCGAGACUGUUUUGCGUAUAUUUGCGGCUAAUUCGCGCCGAUGGAUAGUGAAUUCUCAGAUAUGGACCAAGUGGCAGCAUUGGACAACAGCAGUAUAGAAGAGGAGAAGCCUCUGUACUGCAUUUGUCGGAAGCCAGACAUCAAUUGUUUCAUGAUUGGCUGUGAUAACUGUAACGAGUGGUUUCAUGGACAUUGCAUAAAUGUGACUGAGAAAAUGGCCAAGGGUAUCAGAGAGUGGUAUUGCCAGCAGUGUCAGGAAAUGGAUCCCUCUCUGGAAUUAAAAUACCGCUCAAAGAAGUCGCGUGAGAAAGAGAUUGAACCAGAGAGAAUUGAAAAACGAUCAUGUUCUUUAGACUUUAAACUGGACAAGCGCCGUGGAUCCAAAGUGAAACGGUCCGCACGCAUGUGUGGUGAGUGUGAACCCUGCAGACGUACUGAAGACUGUGCGCAGUGUGACUUCUGCAAGGACAUGAAGAAAUUUGGGGGCCCGAACAAAAUCCGGCAAAAAUGUCGCCUGCGGCAGUGUGUAGUUCGUGCAAGGAAAAUGCUGCGUGUUCGAGAUGAGGAGUAUUUCCUGCACGAGAGGACAGAAAAUAGGAUGCACAGAGACAGACGAUACUCAGAUGAUUAUAAUGAUGUUGAGAUGGAGCUGUACUCACAAUACAAGGACCAGAACAUGCCAUGGGGCAGUGAGGAUGAUGAAGGUCUAGUUUACAGCCCUGCCCACUGCAAGAAAGCUAUAAAAGUCAAGCAUGUUAAACGCAGAGAGAAGAAAUUUGACAAAAAGAAGGAGUCCCGAAGGCACAAGCAAAAACAAAAGCAUAAAGACCGUACAAGGCACAGUGAAAAAAGUGAUUGCCGUUACACUGGAGAUUUGCACCAGUGCUUGGGACCUAGCUGUAUUGAAUUGGCACGUCCUAACUCAAAAUACUGCUCCGAGGACUGUGGCAUGAAGCUAGCAGCCAAUCGGAUCUACGAGAUUCUUCCACAGCGCAUCCAGCAGUGGCAGCAGAGUCCGUGCAUCGCUGAGGAACAAGGCAGGAAGCAACUGGAGCGAAUUCGAAAGGAGCAGCAGGCUGCUCGCAUGCGACUUGCUGAAAUGGAGCGCCGCUUUCAUGACCUAGAGGGAAUCAUUGCUAAAGCCAAGCAGCAAGUGGUUCAGCAGGAUGAGGAGGUAAAUGAGAUGGAGAAUGAGGAUACAGAUCUCCAAAUCUUUUGUGUAUCUUGCAGUCACCCCAUUAACCCUAAAGUAGCAAUGAGACACAUGGAGAGGUGUUAUGCCAAGUAUGAAAGCCAGACGUCUUUUGGCUCUAUUUUCCCAACACGAAUAGAAGGAGCAACAAGACUUUUUUGCGAUGUGUAUAACCCUCAGAGCAAAACAUACUGCAAGAGGCUUCAGGUUUUAUGUCCGGAACAUUCCAGAGACCCCAAGGUGCCAGUGGAUGAAGUGUGUGGAUGUCCUCUAGUGCGCAAUGUCUUUGAGCCCACGGGAGAGUACUGCAGAAUGUCUAAGCGCAGAUGCAACAGACACUAUUGCUGGGAGAAACUCAGACGAGCAGAAGUAGAUCUCGAGCGUGUUCGAGUGUGGUACAAGUUGGAUGAGCUGUUUGAGCAGGAACGUAACGUAAGAACAGCGAUGACUAACAGAGCCGGACUGCUGGCUCUCAUGUUGCACCAAACUAUUCAGCAUGAUCCUCUGACCACCGAUUUACGCAGCAACAAAGACAGAUAGCGAUGCACAGUUACAGCUCCAACCUACCCUUUGUGUUGUAAUUAAUAAAGGUUAUUUUGUAGUGUUCAUUAAUGUAUUUUUGUGUGUGAAACUGAAUAUAGUAAAAUUUUUUUACACAA